AUUUAUCCAAGACAUUGUGGAGCUGAUAUUGCAUAAAUUGCACUUGAAAUUCUCAGUCAAUACAAAUAGCUUUACCUAUAAACAAAAAAAAGAAAGCAUUACCAAAAACUUGGUAGGAAUAAAUUUUUUAGUGGAUGAAUUAAUCAAUUCAUAUUUACUUCUCCCUAGGAACAAUGUUUACAUGAUUGGGAUUUGUGGUAUGGGGGGACUUGGAAAGACAACUCUUGCUAGAGUUUUUUAUGAGAUGUGUUCUAAUCAUUUUGAAGGUUCUAGCUUCAUUGCUAAUGUUAGGGAAGUUAAUGAAAAAAAUGGUUUGCUUCCAUUACAAAAGCAGCUACUUCAACAAAUUUUGGAGGAAAGAAAUAUAGAAGUAUGCAAUGUUUACGAGGGAGUUAACAUGAUCAAGAAUACGCUACAUCAAAAAAAAGUUUUACUUGUCCUAGAUGAUGUUAAUGAAUUGGACCAAUUAGAAAACUUGGUCGGAGAGCAUGACUGGUUUGGAUCGGGGAGUUGGAUUAUCAUAACGACUAGAGACAAACAUUUGUUGGUCCAACACGGAGUGGAUGAAGAUAAAAUAUAUAGCCCUAAUACAUUAAAAGAUGAAGAUGCUCUAAAACCUUUUUGUUCAAAAGCCUUCAAAAAAGAGCAACCCGAAGAAGGUUUUGUAAACGUCUCCUAUAGAGUUGUAAACUAUGCCAAAGGCCUUCCAUUAGCUCUUAUAGUUUUGGGUUCCUUUUUGGCUAAAAGAACAAUUGACAUAUGGGAAAGUGCAUUGGAGAGUUUACAAAAAAUCCCGAACAAAAAAAUAGUUGAUAUACUCAAAGUAAGUUAUGAUGGACUAGAGGAAAUGAUGAAGGAGAUAUUCUUGGAUAUUGCGUGUUUCUUUGGAGGGGGGAGCGUAUACAAAGUAAUGGAGAUAUUAGAGAAUUGUGGAUUUGAUGCGCGAAUCGGUGUAAGUGUUCUUAUGGAUAAAUCCCUCGUAACCAUAGAAUUCGGGAAAUUGUGGAUGCAUGAUCUAUUACAAGAAAUGGGUAGAGAAAUUAUCCGUCGAGAAUCACCUGAAGAGCCUGGAAAGCGUAGCAGGUUAUGGCUUCGUAAGGAUUUGCUUCAUGCAUUGACAAAUAAUACAGCAACAGAAGCAAUUCAAGCCAUAUACCUAAACUCUCUUGGAGAGGAAAGUCUCCACAACAUUGAAGUCUCUCCUAAAGCUUUGUCAAAGACAUAUAACCUUAGAUUGCUUAUAAUUGAUGGAGCGCACAUCCCAAAUGGACUCGAUUAUCUUUCUAAUAAUCUAAGAUAUCUUUAUUUGUUUGGCUAUUCUUCAAAAUGUUUACCAUCUAGUUUCCAACCAGAAAAACUUGUUAAACUUACUUUACUGAUGAGCGGAAUUGAAUAUCUUUGGGAAGGAAUAAAGUAUUUGGACAAGUUGAAGUACAUUGAUCUUAGUGGUUCUGAGAAACUUAUUUGGACACCUGAAUUCAGCGGGAGCCUUGAGAGACUCCGUCUUGGGGGUUGCAUUAAUUUGGUUGAGAUUCACCCAUCCAUUGGGAAACUCAAUGGAAAAGGGGUCUCUUGGCCACAAACAUCACCUUCACUCGUGCCCCUUUCUGGGUUCAAAUCUGGGGCCUGCUGUUCGAAAACUUAUUAUGUUGGAAAAGAUUUAGGCAACAGCUUGGGACACUAUCUUGAAACGAAUAAACGAAUGUGGCUAACGGAGCAAGCUAGAUUUCUAAGAAUCAGAGUUGAUAUUCCUCUCAAUAAGCCUCUUCGCCGAGGAGGUAAUAUUCUCAACCUUGACGGGGAGAAAACCUGGGUAAAUUUUAAAUAUGAGAGGCUACCCUCUUUUUGCUAUGUUUGUGGUUUCUUGGGUCAUGAUGAAAAGCAUUGCCCAAACUUUUCUUGUAACCCGGAUUCUCCCAAGCAAUAUGAAGAAUGGCUGAGGGCAACAGGCAGCCAGAAAAGCAGUGCGGAUAGGCAAAAAUCUUCAAAUAGCUGGAGUUUUGAAGAUGAACAAUCAGGCCGUUCAAGUGGAAGAUCGGCUUCGACAAUGACAAAUCCAUCAGAUUCCACCUCCAAACUAGGGGCACCUUCGGAAAUUCAUGAAAAGAACAGUGAAAGUUCAAAAUUCAAACUCUCCCAGUCAGACCUCACCUCACGUGACAAGAAGGGGGCUAUAGGCUCAGGUUUUGAAGCUAUGGAUGUGGUUUCUGAAGUGGACCGCACCUCAAAGUCUCACUAG